AUGCCAGUGGGGUACAAAGUGUACGCGGAGGUGAUAAGGAGAAGGCUGGAGGAGAAGGUGGAAGAGCUAAAGUGUAUUCCGGAUAACCAAACGGGUUUCAGGAAAGGGAUGGGCACGCUGGACAAUAUUUAUGUGCUAAAUUAUUUAGUGAAUAGGAAUUUGGGAAGGGAAAAAGGAAAAUUGGUUACGGUGUUCGUUGAUUUUAAGGCGGCUUUUCCUUCGGUGAACAGGGGAGUGUUAUGGAGGGUGAUGAGGGAAAGAGGAAUCAACCAAGAAUUAAUAGAAAGGGUAAAGGAAUUGUACGAGGACACGAGGGAGAGAGUAAGGAUAGGGGAAGAAUUAGGUGAGGUAUUCUGGUUGGGAAGAGGGUUAAGACAAGGUUGCCCUCUGAGUCCUAUCUUAUUUAAUUUGUUGAUGGCUGAUUUAGAAGAGAGAAUGGCAAAAAGAGGAAAGGGUGGUGUGAUUCUGGGUAAGGGAAGAAUUUAUACGUUAGCGUAUGCGGAUGAUGUAGUGCUCUUGGCUGAUAAUGAAAGUGGUAUGAAAUUGUUAUUGAAAGAGUUUGAAAGGUAUGUGAGAGAGAUAGACUUGAAUGUGAAUAAAGAGAAAACGAAGGUGAUGAUUUUUAGGAAGAGAAAAGGAAAGGAUGAGGAAGAAUGGAUGAUGAAUGGGAAGAGAGUGGAAGAGGUGGAUGAGUUCUGCUAUUUAGGGUAUUGGUUUCAGAAAAAUGGGGGGCAUGAACUGAAUGUAAGGAGAAGAAUGGAAAGGGCAGGAAGAGUGAUUGGACAGGUGUGGGGAAUUGGUGAAAGAAGAUUUAAGGAUGACUGGAAAAGAAGAGUGUGGCUGUUUGAUGUGUUGGUGUGGUCGGUAAUGAGUUAUGGUGUGGAAAUAUGGGGAUGGAAGGAGAGAGGAAAGCUUGAGAGUAUGCAUGAGAGGUAUUUAAGAUGGACCAUGGGGGUAGACUGGAAUUGUCCGGGUUAUAUGUUAAGGGAGGAAUUGGGUAGGGAUAAGUUAAGUACUAGGCAGAGGAUGAGGGCGAUGGGAAUAGAAGAGAAAUUUAAACAAGGGAGGGGAAGCGCGAUCGCAAGGGAAUGUUGGAAGAAAAUUAAAACGGGGGAGGGAAGAGGGGUUAAAAAGAUGUCAAGAUGGGAAAGGGAUAGAGAAGAAGCAUUGGAGGAGGGAAGAGAGUGGGGUGGAAGAAAGAAAGAGGAGGUAAAGGGGUGGAUAAGAAAAGACAGAGAGGAGAGGUGGGAGAGGAUAUUAGGAUCGAAGUAUAAUAGAUGGUAUAAGAUGGUAAGGGGGGAUGGGAGACCAGAAUAUUUAGAGAAGGUGAGAAAAUGUGGAAAGUGGAAUAGAGUAUGCAGAUUUAGAAUGGGUGAAGGAAUGAGGGAAUGUAAAUAUUGGAUGGAUGAAGAGAGAAAGGAGUGUAGAGUGUGUGGCUAUGAGCGGGAAGAAUGGGGUCAUGUGUUGGAUGGUUGUGUGGGACGGAAGGAUGAGGGAAAGGGAGUGGAUGAAAGGGUGAGGUGGAUAUUGGAUGAGAAUGGGCAAGGGGAAAGGUGGAUGAGUGAGUUGGAAAGGAUAAGGAAGGACAAAAGGGAGGGGUUAGCGUGA